GAACAACAUCUUCAGCUAGCUCUUUGCCACACUAUGUCACCGUCGAGGAGCUCUUCUUGGCUUACUCCGCUGAUCCUCUCUGUCCUUUUCGCAUGCACCGCCAAUGGUGACCACCACCUCUCGGUCCGCUACUACGACGAGACGUGCCCGAGCGCGCAGCACAUCGUGCACUCCGUGAUGGCGUCCAAGGUCGCCGCCGACCAGGCGAUAGCCCCCGCCGUUCUCCGCCUCUUCUUCCACGACUGCUUCAUAAACGGGUGCGACGGCUCCGUCCUCCUGGACGACGGCACGCCCUUCUUCGAGAGCGAGAAGGCCGCCGAGCCCAACGACUCUCUCCGCGGCUUCGACGUGAUCGACGAGAUCAAGUCCCACCUCGAGCACUCCUGCCCGGCCACCGUCUCCUGUGCCGACAUCCUCGCCCUGGCCUCCCGGGAUGCCGUCGCCCUGCUCGGAGGCCCGGCAUGGAGUGUGCAGCUCGGCCGCAAGGACUCGCGUGGCGCCGACAGGGACGCCGCCGAGAACGACCUCCCGUCCCCGCACGCCAACCUCACAGGCCUCAUCGCCGCGUUCGCCGAACACGGCCUCGACGCCCGCGACAUGGUCGCGCUCUCGGGCGCGCACACCGUUGGCACGGCGCGGUGCGUCCACUACAAGGCCCGCGUCUACGGCCGGGAGGAGGGCGGCCGCGCCGACAUCGACCCCUCCUUCGCGGAGCUCCGAAGGCAGACGUGCCAGGGCGACGGCGACGAUGCCGCGGCGCCGUUCGACGAGCAGACACCGAUGAGGUUCGACAACGCCUACUACAAGGACCUGGUCGCGCGGCGCGGCCUCCUCACCUCCGACCAGGCGCUCUACGGCUGCGGUGGGCCGCUGGACCAUCUGGUGGAGAUGUACAGCAAGGAUGGCGAGGCGUUCGCCUACGACUUUGCCAAGGCUAUGGUGAAGAUGGGGGACAUACCGCCUCCGCCAGGAAUGCCAGUGGAAGUGAGGCUCAAGUGCUCGAUGGUGAAUUAUCGAAGAACUAAUAGAAAAUGA